GCUUUCGCCCGCCCACGAACCUGCCACAGCAAAAUGAACAGAAUACAACCACAAGACUUUAGUACAAGGGAUUAUAUCCCGAUUUCUGAUCAUGGAUUGUUCGGGAACUUGAGGACGGCUGCGCUCGUCAGCGUCGAUGGCUCCAUCGAAAGUUAUUGUGUUCCUGCAUUCGACUCGCCAUCGGUCUUCGCGCGCAUCCUUGACAAAGAUAAGGGUGGUCACUUCUCUAUCACGCCGACCGUGGCCGUGACCACGAAGCAGAAUUACCUUCCUAGCUCUAACAUUCUUCAAACAAAAUUCUUGAAUGAUGAAGGCGUCAUCAGUGUUACGGACUUCUUGCCCCGGAACCCGCAUCACGUCGCACAUAAGCCACUUCUUGACUGGUUGAUUCGGCGCGUCGAGGUUAUCCGCGGCCGCAUGCCUAUACGUGUUGAAUGUGCCCCUGCCUUCAACUAUGCGCGUGACUCCCAUGAAACCUCCAUCGUCAAGGACACCUCCAUCAGCGUCAAGCCCGGCGUCACUGCACAGUGCAAAGCGCUCUUCGAGUCUCAGAACCUUACCCUUGACCUGCGCUACAUCGCCGAAUCGGAAAUAGAAGGGGUAGGCGUACCUGAGAUUGAGCUGAAGGAGCUCGAUCUAAGUGCGAGGGGUCAUAAGGGAAAGGCCGUGUGCGUGGACAUGGAUUUGACGGAGGGCCAGGUGGUAACGUUUGUACUGAGGACGCCACCGCCACCGAAUGGGCACGAGGAUAAGUUCCAUCCCACUGAAGAGAGGGCGAACGCGCUUGGCGUUCCCUUGGAAAAACUCGUCAUCGGAGCUUCCACGCUUCGUGAAAGAUCUGACCCUAUGCUUACCAAGGAACUUUUGCGCGAUCUGCUCAGAGGUACAAACUCCUAUUGGAACUCUUGGAUUAGGAGGUCAACCUACCACGGAGACUGGAAAGAGUCUGUUCAUCGCAGUGCGCUCGCGCUAAAACUCCUUAUUUACGAGCCUACAGGCGCUGUGGUAGCCAGUCCGACAUUCAGUCUGCCUGAAUUCAUCGGAGGGACGAGGAAUUGGGACUAUCGUGCAUCUUGGAUCCGUGAUUCUUCGUUUAUUCUCUACGCCCUCCUUCGACUUGGAUUCACCUCAGAGGCUACUGCGUAUAUGGAGUUUAUUUUUGACAGGUUGAAGGACAAGAAUCCGGAUGGAUCGAUUCAGAUUAUGUAUACCAUCCAUGGCAUGUCCCAUCCUCUCCCCCCCUUCUCUGGUGGCAAAAUCUUCCCAGAGGAAGAGCUCACGCAUCUCGAUGGGCACAAGGGUUCCAAACCUGUUCGGAUUGGGAAUGGCGCGAUUGACCAUAUCCAGCUCGAUAUCUAUGGCGAACUCAUGGACUGUAUUUACCUCGGCCAAAAGUUCGGUCGUCCUCUUGGAUACGAUACAUGGUUGGCUGUGCGAGACCUAGUGGACUUCGUCUGCGCACACUGCCACGACCCGGACUUGUCGAUAUGGGAGGUCCGAAACAAGCAUAGACACUUCACGUAUUCUAAGGUUAUGAUGUGGGUGGCAUUGGACCGAGGCCUUCGUCUCGCAGAUAAGCGGUCCUUCCCUUGCCCGAACCGGAACAAAUGGCUCGCAACGAGGGACAGCUUAUAUGAGGAGAUCAUGGACAAGGCAUGGAACAGAAAGGAGCAGUACUUCGGACAAAGCUAUGAAGAAACACAUGUGUUGGACUCUGCGGUAUUAGUCAUGCCUUUGGUUUUCUUCAUGAAUGCGUCAGACCCGCGGUUCUUAAGUACAUUGAAGGCUAUAUUGAAGACACCCGAGAGAGGAGGAUUGACGGCGAAUAACCUUGUCUAUCGUUACAACACCCAGGAGUCGGAUGACGGUGUCGGAGGGGAAGAAGGGACGUUCUGUCUCUGUACACUCUGGUGUGUCGAGGCGUUGACAAGGGCGGGAGAGUACGAUCCGUCAAUGUUGGCGAGGUCGGUGAGCAUGUUCGAGGACUUCCUGAUGUAUACGAACCACUUGAAACUAUGCACGGAGGAGAUCUCGCCAUCGGGUGAUGGCCUCGGAAACGCGGUCCAAGGAUUCACUCAUGUCACGCUCAUCUCUGCUGCGUUUAACCUCUCGAGGACUAUGUCGAAGCGACACCAUGCAUAAGGCCCGCUCAAAGGAUGGCGUACAGAUGCUGUAGUCGAUGGAUAGCCUCCCGCUGAGAGGGCCUAGAAGACAUGUGGAACGGCGGCGAUACUAAGAGUGAAGCGAUAAGCAACUAAUGUUCCCUGGUUGACGAAAACGAGUGGUAGAUGCACAGUAUGGCUUGUACAACAAUAAAAGUGUACAGAUAGAAUUUGAGGAUGUUAUCGUGC